GACUGCCCUCCAUCAAUUCCAGACUAUCCAGGAAAGGAUCAGCAAGCAGGAGAACAAGAAGAUGGGAAAGGUUGUCUACUUUGGCCUGCUCUUCUUGGGCUGCUUCGUCUUUGGAUCAAGUGGCACCCCGGUGGAAGAUGAAGUUCUUCCAGAGGCCAGUGAUGAACAGGCGGCAGCGAAAUCUCCAUGCCCUUCUGGGACACUUUACUUCAGACAAAACUGCUAUGAAUUUUUCCAAAAUUCACUGUCAUGGGACUCAGCAGAGAUUUCGUGUCAGAAACUGAGACAUGGCGGUCACCUGGCCUCCUUUUCCAGCAUGAGGGAGGAAAAAAUGGUUUCUGCUCACAUCAGAAGCCGUAGCUCUACCAACUAUGUCUGGAUUGGGCUCAGUGCUACAUCAGAAUCCAACCAACGACGCUGGGAAUGGAGUGAUGGAUCCCAUUACUCUCAUGGGUCACCCCUCUGGGACAACCGGAUCCCCAGCACCCACUUGUCUUCCUAUGAGUGUGUGUACCUUUACAAUGUCCAGUAUCCAACAUCUUCUACCAGAUGGUCGGAUUACCCCUGUGAAUAUUCCUGGCCAUACGUUUGCAAGUACAAGCCUGGGAAUUAGGCCUGGAACGGACACCCAGCCCUGCAGCCAACAUCUCAUCAUGCUUUGGGUGACCUGGAGUGGACAGAAGCUCCUUCAUAUACAGCUCCACACUCACAGUCCUGCCUGCAGGGGUGUCAAGGGAGUGAUUACCCAUCCUAUUACUGAGAUUCCCUCUUUUCCCAAACCACUGCUUUAUUAACCUGCACAAAUCUCUCUUUCACACUUACACUUUCCUGGGAGUAAGGCCCAUUCAGAAGACUUCGGCAAGAUUUGUUUGGGAUUGCAUCUAGACCGCUGGGCUCUUGCGUGGCUCUGUCCUACAGCAAACAUUUAGAUUUUUCCCUGGCCAGUAUGAGAGCCUUUAAUUCUACCAACGAUGAGUAAAUC